AGUCUGACGGCAGCGAGCGCGCAGAGAGCUGGGCCACGGCCGCGGUUUCAUAGACAAUGGCGCUGGCCGAGGCCGUGGCUAGCACUGUCAAAUCCUUCCAAGACGACAAGAAGGAAGAUGCCUCCUCCACCUCCUUGCAGCCGAAGGAUUUCUUUUGGGACCAGUUUAUAAAGUACAUUAGCUCUGCAGUGCUCGCCCUGACCGUGUUGAACGUAUCCGUGGAGUUUCUACGCGGAGGUGGGGUGCAGUGUUUUUCUCCGACCAUCACGGAUUCUCUAAUAGAUGCGGCACCAGAUCAACUGAAUCGGGAUUUCACUCGAAGCCAGUCCGAUUAUUUGAACAGUUACUGCUCUGAAAGCGUCCCAAACUCUGAAUUCUUCUCAAUCUUUGUAAUCGUCCAAGGAAUCCUACUUGUAGCGCCACAUUUCAUAUGGGGCGCUGUUUUCAAGGGAGAUUUCGACAGUUUUUUCGCCGUCACAGAAAAACUAGAUCGACUCAGAGAUCGCGAUACAGGGGCGUAUGAUUCAACAAACUUUGACCGAGUUGAGAAACUCGAGCUGGAAUUCGGACGCAAAAGAAAGCAGAUUUUCGCCUGUUACAUUUUGAAACUCCUGCUGCAGCUUGGUGUAUGCGUAGGGACGAUAUUGUUCAGUGAGAACUUUUUCGAAGAUUUCGUGUUUAGUUUCCAGUGUCCUAGAGGAGUUCAGAACGAUACGGGUUUUCCUGAGAAUUGGCCACUUGCGACUACCGUCCCUUGUGUCUUUGUCACACUUAGGGUUUUGAAUCUGGUGCGAUAUGGGGACUAUAUCCUUAUAGGGUUAGCCAUCGGUUUGAUACUGAUGGGCCUUGCCUGGUGUGCUAUACGUCAUGCGAAGGAACUAGGGCACAUGGAUAUUGCUACGUUUGUGUUUCAGUCUUGUCUUCCGACAAAAAGUCAUGUUUUUCCACAUCCACGGGAAGUUCGACCAAGACAAAAGCGUUCUGAAAACUGCUGGUUUUGCAUUUUCCCGUUUGCUCUCCUCUGGCCGUGCUGCAAAGGGUGCCUGGUUUGCUCGUUUCGCUUCAUGCUUUUCACUCCUCGUAUCCGUAACGACCUGGAUUUCCUUCAAAUGGCCCUCUUCAGAGCCGACUCAAGCCAUGGACGGGUGUUCAAGGAGAUUCAAAUCGACAAGGAACUUAAAAAGUUGCGUGGAAGAGAUCACCAGCUCAUCCAUCUAUUUCUGAACGUUCAGUUGGACAUGGAAGCUCUCAUUGUGAAGGAAGAGAGAAAAGAGCCAAUGAUGGUUCAGGGGAUGGAACGGCUCCGAGCAACCCAAUGCGGGUUCUCCCACGUGAAAAUGACAUGAGGCAGUUUUUCAGAGAGGGUGGAUUUUCAGGAAACCCUGAAAUGUAUGCCUUCAACCACUACAAAAGUCUUCUUGGAAACACAGAAUGG